AUGGAGCUGAAGGAGGAGGUGUUCAAGUCCAGCGAGACGGAGAGGCGCUUCGCGGAGGCAGCCUUCCAGACCCUGAUGUUGAUUUGCCUCACGUUCGUGUGCACGCUGACCUGCAUGCUGUUGCUGGGCAGCGUCCAGCAGAGGGCUGGCCUGAUCGCCGCAGAUGUUAUGUCCUGGAGCGGCACCCCGGCCGGGGUGGAGAUCGUGAACGCCGCUGUCUCUCACCUGAAGCUGGACGCCACGCCUCUGGGCAAGGCUGGGAUGCAGGACGCGCCCGACGAGGACGCCGCUUCCGUGCUGCCACCGGGCUCCACGCCGAGCUACGCGCUCUGCGGCAGCAGCUGGUACGGCCUGUCGCCCCUGGACUACGCGCUCCUGGCGGGGGUGAGCUACAUCCGAAGACAAGAACGACCUGCCCGCGCUGAUGCGGCGCCUGAUGCCGAACAGGGACGUCACCAUUCGGAAGACCCCCGCCACGGUGCGCCGCUGGCUCGAGUUCAGCAUCAGGACCUGCGCAAACGCGAGCUCGUGCUCUUCCGUGACGGUGGUGGCGAUUAG